CACAUAUGGAGGUAGAGUCAAUGUAGAGUAAAGUGGGGGUGGAGUCUAAGUGUUUAAUCUUUUUAGUUUAAACCUUAAGUUUUUAUUUUUUUUGUGUUUCAUUCAGAUACUUAUAAUUUAUCCCGAUGAUGACCGAACAAGGUUUCCCUGUCAAUCAUACCACAACUACUACAGUAACAACUUCGAAUACAACAGUUCAAACAGAUAUAAGAUAUGAUCCACUUUACAUCCGUUCAGUACCUGGUAUCCUGAAGUGUGUCGAAAUUGUUCUCAACCUUCUGGUGUUUCUUUCAGCUUCUUUUUCUAAAUUUUCACAUGUUGCACAUAUGAGUUUUACUAGUCUGAUAUGUGGUUUUGGUUUCUGGGUAACAGGAAUUUUACUUGGUUGUUAUGCUUUCCAUGUGGUUGAGAAAUUUUACAGGAUACCUUGGUUGAAAUUCGAAUUGAUUUACACCGGUAUAUGGGCUUUUUUCCUCAUGAUUGGGUCAACAUUUUGUGCUGCAUAUAUGGGUUCAGGAGCAGUUUUUGGAGUUGUAUCAUUUUUUGGAUAUAUAAAUAUGAUUGCUUAUGCUUACGACUGUUUCUUGAAGUUUAAAAGCAUACAGAAUGGGGAAAUAGCUCAGGGCGAACGUAUUAAAACUACAAGCACUGUUACAUCACCUUCUGCCUAUUAAUUAGAUAUUUUAUUAUAUUUUUAUGUUUUCUUUUGGUAUUACUACAUGUUGAUCCUACAAUUUUUUAAGAAAUUAAAAAGAAAUAAUUAGUUUGGAUAACAUUUACAAAUAGUAUUUUUUUAUAAUUAUUAUUUAAAUGAGUCAGCACCUAAUACAAUUGGUUUAUAGUAUCUCUUGCACCAUUGUAUAUCUAUUUACUUGUAGAAGUUAAUUAAUAUUGAGUGCUUUUAUUCGAAAUUACUAUUAAGUAAUUGAAGUUGGAAUAUCUUGCAUGAUAUGUAAAUGUAACAUCUUAUUUUAUUAUCUAUCCAUUCUUUACUUAUUAUUAACCAAUCUACUUCAUUGUAGAACCAUAGUUGUACAUGGAUUUGGUUUAAAAAGUCAGUCGAGAUGUUUGCAUGUUAAAUUAUUAAUACAUUGAUUAAUGUGAAACAAAACGAUAUAAAUCAAUUUUAAAACAAAUUUCAAUUGAUGUUUGCUGAUAGAUGUUUGUAACAAAUGGUUCUGUUUGGAAAUUACCAAAUUUUUCAUGAUGUGAUUUGUAACUAUCUAUUUUAUGCAUAUUGGUAUUGAAAAAACACCAAAAGAAAAAGAAAAAAAAAAUUAACACAUCAUAUGAAUAUGACAAUAAUUUAAGUUAAAUUUCAUAUGUGAUUGAAAUUUUGUAUUUCUUAGUCAUCUCAAAAUCUUUUAGAAAUAUAAGUCAAAUGUGUGUUGUGUGUUCUUAUAAAUAUCUUUAAACCUGAGUGAAAAAAAAGAAAGAAAUAUUUUUGAGAUUCAAAUUAAGACUAAACUAAUAUUUUGGAAUAUUAUUAAUGAAUGCCAAUUAUGUGUAUGAUGUUGGUUGCCACAUUUAAUUUCAAGAUUUUCAAUUUUAUUUUUUAUCUUUGUUAUUCACUAUAUUGAUUAUUAAAUAGAAUAUAGUCAAAUAAGUACAAAAGUAAUUUCUAAGAUUUUUUUUUUCAUUUGCUUACUAAUAGGUUUAGUUGAAAUGGCUUACUUAUCAAAUAUACAGAUUUAUAAUUUAAUAUUUUGUUAAUAUGUAUAGUUUUUUUUUUUUUUGUUUUUUUACUCUGGUAAGCAUUAUAAAUUUAUAUAAUGUACCUGAGUAGCAAUUGGUAACAACGUUUGGAUGUAUGUUUUUGUAAGUAUUUAACACUGUUAGUAUUAUUGUAUGUAAGAUCCCAAUUUAGUGUGUUAAUUUAUUGUGAUAAAUGUUUUUGAUAUUUAAAUACUUAUAAGUAAUUCUUAUGUAAGCUAAUAGCACAGUUGAAGUAACCUAUGGAAUACACUGUUCACAAUAAGUUGCUUAAUUUAGUAUUAUGUAAAUAGUAUUAGAUACAGACAUUUUUUUUUUUGUUUCAAUUCAUUUGCUGUAGAAUGGUGUUACUUAAUGUUAUGCCCAUGAAAGAUGUAUAAAUAUAUAUUUAUAGGCUUAUUACAAGAGUAAUGCGCUUGUUGUACGUGUAGCUAGCAAUAUUUGUUUAAAGGUAUAUACGAUUUUCAUGAUAUUGAAAACUAUAUACCUGAAACACUGAACAUUAGUAAAGUCAGUGUUAGCUUUCCUUUAGGAUUCAGCUAUAAUGUAUUAAAAUUAUUUUCCCUUAACGUAUUGUCGCUAAUUCCUUGUGUGAAUAGUCCCGUCUCUGGUUUUAAUAAUUAAUAACUUUAAUCAGUUAUAAAAUUUGUAGUUUUUGAUAAUUAAUGACCUUUUUUUAUUCUAAUUAGGUGAUAAUAAUAAUAAUAAUCUAAUUUCAUCCUGAUUCCUUUCUAAUAUUACAUCAAUUGUAUAUUUUCAUAUAUUAAAUAUAUUUUCUUAAAAAGUAAUUUUUAUUAAAGUUGUAUCUAAAAACUUAAAGCUUUGUGAAGUUUCAUGCCAGUGAUGACGAACUGUCUGUGAUUAAUUUAUGAAGAAAAACGAAGUUUGUUAAAUUUAAAUACUAUAUCAGAUAUAGAAAAAUCUAUAACUUGCCGACAUUAGUGAUCUUAGUAUGAAAAAUUAUUUUUUUAUUUAUCUAUCAAAAAGAGUAGAUAUUAAAAAGGAAAGAACAAAUUAUUGAAUUUUUAUUGCUAUAUUGUAUUUUUUAAAUCUUCAUUUGAUAUUUCAAACCCAAUUAGACAUAAAUAAAGUAUUAAUACGGGAAAAUUGUGAAUAUAUAUCUAUUGACUGAUUUUUCAGGGUACCUUAUCUAAUAAUCUGUUCCAAGUUUCCUGUCAUGAUAUUUCAGUCAUUUUCUAAAUAAUUACUUUUUGAUUUUCCACUACCCAAGGAUCCAAAUCUGAAUCUGAAACAAAACACUUGGGAUUAGGUUAAAAAAUAUGAAAUUAAAAUUCAUCAAGUUGCUUCCAAACCAUUUUAUUUAAGUACAAUAUGUGCUUAUAGGUAUGAUGUGUCACCUUUUAUCCCCUCUCUUAGGUUCGCCAUCACUGGUCGAAGCUAUGUUAGUAAGUUUUUUCAGUAAUAUUUUUUAAUAAUUAUUUAUUUAUUUUACAUUAAACUUUAGAACAAAAUUCUUAUUUUCAUUUUAGAAUAGUGAUUAAAUGAGUAUUCUGAACGUGAGAAAGUUUUUCUUAAUAAUGGAUUUUCUUAUACUUUACUUAACUUUUGAAAAUUUAAUGUUUAAAUUAUAUGUAAAAAUAAGUAUAAAUAUUUUCUGAAUUUAAAAAUCUUGACCCUUUUUGCUUGAUAAAGGAAUUUGUUUAGGAUGUAAUUUAAUAUAUAAAUAAUGCUAAACUAAUCUUAUGAAUGAAACUUAUUACAGCUUUGUGAUGUAAGGUUUGCUAUUAACGAUUAGUUGAUAUUCAAUUUUAAAAGUCAGUAACAUUGACUAAAAUGUUUUCAUCAUUCGGUUACAAGAAUAAAUAGGGGGCUUGUAAGACUAAAACUGACCUUAAGAGCUCAAAAAAAUUGUUUUGAAUUAUUCUCUUAUACUAGUAUCUUCAGAGUCUUAAUAAUUACUGUGAAAAUUUCAUAGUAAUACUAUACUAUUAAGGCUAUAUUGUGUAUGUGUAAUUAACACUUAAUCAAUUUUUAAGACAAUUCUAAUAUGGGAAGGUCAGUUAUUACUGAAUUUCCUUUUUAUAGUAUCUCUUUAAUAUGUAAGGGAUUUACUUUUCUAAAUUUGCAUAUCAUAAAGCACAAAAUUAAUGUACUUAUACCUUAUAAUAUUAAAAUUGUAUACCAAUUUUGUUCUAACAAGUCUUAUGUUUCACCCACUCUCAAUAUGGAUUAUGGUAUAUAGUAACAGGAUAUAUGCACCUGUUUGAUAGUCGUCGGCAAUCUUUUGGAAAAAGUAUGUUUAUAAUUAUUUAGCAUUAAUAAGGUUAUGGCCAUGAAAAUAAGUUUCUAAAAUUAUUAUUAUUGUAAAACUUAAAAACAGCAUUGUCCUAAUAAUUACUUUAAUUAUAUUAAAACGAGGAUUAAUAAAAAAAAUUAAAAUCUAAUUAAGAGGAAGGAAAUUUCGGAAUCAUAUUAUGCUUACAAGACCAGAUAAUUGACCAAUGCUAUUUUUAAUUUUAUUCAAUGUGUAUUUGUUUUCAUUUUAUUAAUGAAUCAUAAAAAUAAAAUAGAUUAGCACUAACACGUAGUUAUCCAUUCAAUUUGGAACACAAUUACACAUGUCACUCCUUAAACACAAACCUUUUUAAUUUAUUACUUUCACUACUAAAUACACGCACUAACAAUGACAAAUUGUAGGAGAAUGCACUGAAAUUUUUAUGUAAUUUAGUAGUGUUUGUGUUUCAAAUGUAUGAUGUUUGUUAUGCAUGUGAAAAUAUAAAUUUUGCUAAAAGAGAUUUUCAUAUUAAUUUAUCUACUAUAAAAAUACAGGAUAUUUUUUAUAAAUGCUACUGUGAAUUAUGAAAUUGUGAUUUUUCUACAUAAAAUUUGAAGUGUGCUAUUUAGUGUGGUGUAUAUCACAUAUUUGUGACAUUUACAUAUCAAAUAUUUUAAACAAAAUAUAAAUUUUUUGGUAUAAAUUUUAGGAUUGUUAUUCUCUUUCCAAAUGAUAUUUCACAACUGUUAAAAUGCGAUUAAUUAUCACUAUAUGUUAGUUGUAAUUCUUCAGUGUCUUAUUAAAAUAACUAUUUCUCACUCAUUCUCAACAACAUAAAAUAUAUAUUUAUGAAUAAUUAUCUUACAUGCAAGCUUCAAGUGUUCAAUUUGCAUGUCAAUGUCUAUAUUUUCCAUAUCUAUCUCACAGUUACCGGUGUGUUUUUAAGUGGUUAAAAUGUGUUUAUAACACACAUUAAAUAUUAAUAAUAUUUUUUCUUUAAUGUUAAUAGUUCUAAAUUUAUUUGGUAUCUUUUAUAUAUUCUUGUUAACAUUUAUUUAUUUUAUUUAAAAAAUAUUAACAAUGUUACAUUUAUGUAUAGAUCCGAUAUUUAUUAUUUAACCUUUCAUCUAUUUUAUGUGAAGUCAUUAUGUAUAAUGUUUGUUUAUAUAUUCUAAUUUAUUUUGGUCAUUUUAAAUACUUUUAUGUAUAAAUAUUUAUCCCCAUAUCACUAUGUAUUUAAUAUCUCGAUAAUGUAUGCAAGCAUAUCCCUAUAUCACAAUAAAUAUUGACAAGGAGCAAAUAUAAUUAAAGUAUUCUGUUUAUUUAUUUAUUUUAAUUUUUUUAAUAGGAACAUGUUGAAUAACGUAAUUCUUUUUUUCUGUAUAUUUCUGGAGCAUUUUUAUAUUAAAAACAAACUCCCGCUUUAAUAACCUUUUGCUGGUAUACUAAUGAUUAUAAUCAAGUGAUUAUAAUUCAAAGGUGUUGGUUGAAUUAACUGGCCUAAUAAAAUUGAUUUUAAUUAAUUUAGUUUUUCCAGUAGAAAGCGUUUAAUUGGGACCUGGGAAGCUCCAGACUACUUUAUAGUAAAUAAAUUGUUGAAAAGUGGGGGAAAAAGCUUAAGAAAACUUAAAUCUAGUCUUUAUUCAAGUACUUAAUAUUUAAAAUAUUUAAAGAACUGUUAAUUCCCUAUUAAACAAUCACCAUAAGAAAAUUAUACUCAUUUUCUAUAACUUUCUACUUGUGUUUUGUCAUACAAAUUUCAUUUUUUAAAUUUUUAUAAAAAUUGAUUUAUUUUGAACUUUGUUCCUUGUCAUUUUCUACCUUGCUACAUGUGAUUUCAUUUAUUAUUGUAAUUGAUAUAAUGUAUGUACCUAUAUUAUGUACCUAAUUUAUUCUAAUAUAUCAUACUUUUGAAGUAA